GCCCCCUUGGGCUGGUGCCAAACCUUGGGCUUUAUGCUCUGCAUACGUGACCUGCUCCCUGGUCACAUGUCUACUUCUACUGUUUUGUGUGUCCUUGUCUACAGUUUUAAUAUGGGACAGACGGUGACGACCCCUCUUAGUUUGACUCUCGACCAUUGGACUGAAGUUAAAUCCAGGGCUCAUAAUUUGUCAGUUCAGGUUAAGAAGGGACCUUGGCAGACUUUCUGUGUCUCUGAAUGGCCGACAUUCGAUGUUGGAUGGCCAUCAGAGGGGACCUUUAAUUCUGAGAUUAUCCUGGCUGUUAAAGCAAUUAUUUUUCAGACUGGACCCGGCUCUCAUCCCAAUCAGGAGCCCUAUAUCCUUACGUGGCAAGAUUUGGCAGAGGAUCCUCCGCCAUGGGUUAAACCAUGGCUGAAUAAGCCAAGAAAGCCAGGUCCCCGAAUUCUGGCUCUUGGAGAGAAAAACAAACACUCGGCUGAAAAAGUCAAGCCCUCUCCUCUAUCUACCCCGAGAUUAAAGAGCCGCCGGCUUGGCCAGAACCCCAAUCUGUUCCCCCAACCCCUUAUCCGGCACGGGGUGCUGCGAGGGGACCCUCUGCCCCUCCUGGAGCUCCGGCGAUGGAGGGACCUGCUGCAGGGACUCGGAGCCGGAGGGGCGCCACCCCGGAGCGGACAGACGAGAUCGCGACAUUACCGCUGCGCACGACCCUCCCAUACCGGGGGGCCAAUUGCAGCCCCUCCAGUAUUGGCCCUUUUCUUCUGCAGAUCUCUAUAAUUGGAAAAACUAACCAUCCCCCUUUCUCGGAGGAUCCCCAACGCCUCACGGCGUUAGUGGAGUCCCUUAUGUUCUCUCACCAGCCUACUUGGAAUGAUUGUCAGCAGCUGCUGCAGACACUCUUCACAACUGAGAAACGAGAGAGAAUUCUGUUAGAGGCUAGAAAAAAUGUUCCUGGGGCCGACGGGCGACCCACACAGUUGCAAAACGAAAUUGACAUGGGAUUUCCCUUGACUCGCCCCGGUUAGGACUACAACACGGCAGAAGGUAGGGAGAGCUUGAAAAUCUAUCGCCAGGCUCUGGUGGCGGGUCUCCGAGGCGCCUCAAGACGGCCCACUAAUUUGGCUAAGGUAAAAAAAGUGAUGCAGGGACCAAAUGAACCCCCCUCUGUUUUUCUUGAGAGGCUCUUGGAAGCCUUCAGGCGGUACACCCCUUUUGAUCCCACCUCAGAGGCCCAAAAAGCCUCAAUGGCUUUGGCCUUUAUAGGACAGUCAGCCUUGGAUAUUAGAAAGAAGCUUCAGAGACUGGAAGGGUUACAGGAGGCUAAGUUACGUGAUCUAGUGAAGGAGGCAGAGAAAGUGUAUUACAAAAGGGAGACAGACGAAGAAAGGGAACAAAGAAAAGAGAGAGAAAGAGAGGAAAGGGAGGAAAGACGUAAUAAACGGCAAGAGAAGAAUUUGACUAAGAUCUUGGCUGCAGUGGUUGAAGGAAAAA